AUGGAAUACAUAUUGCUUAAUGAAAAUGCAAUUAAAUCAAAAGAGCAAAUAAAAGAAGAUACUUCCAAAUAUGAUAAUCUAGGUAGGACCAAACCUACAGAAAAUCCAACGCCGGAAACCUCUAAAUUAAAGAAUUAUCAGAUUGCAAUAAUUGUCAUUGCAGCUGUUGUUGUUAUUGCAAUCAUUAUAAUUGUUUCCAUCAUUUUGAUAAAGAAAUCUAGGAAACAAUCUAAGUCAGGUUCGGGAUCAGGAGAAAAUAUUUGA